AUGAGUGCAGGUGACCAGGCCGACGAGACACUUGUGAGGCCGCUGCCCGUGUGGCUGCGCGAUGUGAUACCGUCAGACUCGUCGGCUGAAUUGCCUGUGACCGAAGGCUCAGCGUUGAGGGAUAAGUCCGGAGAUGCCCCAAUAAACGGGGCAGGUAGUGUAGCUUCGGAGGCAUUUACGCAUAUUCUCGCCGAGUUGCGGAAGCAAUCCGUGUACAUGAACGAAAUGAGGAGGGCUCUUGCAAAAAAGGAGGCGUACCAAACCUGCUUUGAUGUGCUGACGAUGGUUGGCGUCGUGGUGGACGCCGUUUGUGAGGGGACAAUGACUCAUGUGCGAAGUACGGUGGAGUACACGGGUUUGCUUUCCACAGUCACUCUCAGUUUCGUCUCCGGGGAACUCUCUAUAGUGGUGGAGGAGGCUGAGAAAGACGUGAACUUUUCGGGUAUGAGUUUCAACGGGAGCUGCAUCUUGGGCUGCCACCUCGCCGUAGGUGCUCGUGGCUGCCGUGUUAUUAUCAACGUCGACCCUGAAAAAAUCACAGAUGUGACGCAGCUGACGCUCACCGCUCGAUCCGAAGAGAAAACGAGGGAGCUGUACCAGGCCCUGGCGGCCCUGCGCGGCUGUGACAGUUCGAAUUCCAGCUUGUGUUUGCCCACGCCCCCGUCGCCGCCAAGGGCAGGGUUGACGCCGGCUUUGAUCCCGGUGGAUGACUGUGUUUUGGUGCCGCAACCCUCUGCGGCACAGCGAGAAGUUGAUAUGAACAGCCAAAGUCAUUUGCAUGUUGAUUAUACCCCGACAAUGCGCUAUUGGAGGAAGCCACCACUCCCACAGGCGGAGACCCUGCUGCGUGGAUCGGUGCUUGUGCAAAAUCCGUCUCAUGGGGAAUGA